AGCGGUACGCGUCUCACACGUGACCGAUCACAUGACCAUGACGUUCUCGGAAGUCACGUAGCGUCUAACGUGCGCGAAGGUCGAAGGGGAGUACUGUAUGAAGAUGGCAGACGCUCUGCGUCAGUGUGGCUGGAUAUUGAUGUCUGGUGGCCAUAGGUUUUUAACAGUCUUGCAUCGAAUGCCUCCAAAAGCUAGUAGCAGUUUUUAUUGGAUGUAUCGCCCUCCUUUGGAACAACAGUUGCGCUGCUAUUCAUCUCAAGGAAGAAGAGGCUUCCUGGCUGGCCUCCUUGAUGACAUCAAGCAGGAACUUUCAAGAAACAAAGAGAUGAAAGAAAAUAUCAAAAAGUUCAGAGAAGAAGCUAAGAAAUUUGAGGAGUCUGAUGCUCUACAACAAGCGCGCAGGAAAUAUAAAUCAAUAGAAUCUGAAACUAUGAAAACUUCUGAGGUGUUCAGAAAGAAAUUUGAAGAAAUAACAGACACUGUCAAGGAGAGCAUUGAUGAAGUUGGUAAAAGUGAUCUUGGUCGCAAAAUCCGUGAGGGAGUUGAGGAGGCUGCCAAAACUGCCAAACAUUCAGCGGAGUCAGUAAGCAAAGGAGGGGAGAAGCUUGGUAAAACAGCUGCUUUCAAGGUUAUCUCUCAGGGUGUAGAAACUGUGAAGAAGGAGAUUGAUGAAAGUAUCUUAGCCCAGACUGGUCCAUAUAGGCCACCAUCUAGGCUGAGAAAGAGGAGUGAAUUUUCAGGAGAGAAAAUGAGUGAAGAAAAGAUAUUUGAGCCUAACGAGGAGUCGAUGGGUGUUGUUCUGCAUAAGGAUUCUAAAUGGCAUCAACAAUGGAAGGAUUUUAAAGAUAACAAUGUAGUAUUUAAUAGAUUUUUUGAAAUGAAGAUGAAAUAUGAUGAAAGUGAUAAUGCACUUAUCAGAGCAUCACGCACUAUCACAGACAAAAUCAGUGACUUUUUUGGGGGAAUGUUUUCUAAAACUGAGAUGUCAGAGGUUUUAACAGAAAUUGUAAAGGUUGAUCCAAACUUUGAUAAGGAUGCAUUUUUGAAAUUGUGUGAGAAGGAUAUAAUUCCAAACAUAUUGGAGGCAAUUGUAAGAGGUGAUCUUGAUGUCCUAAAAGACUGGUGCUACGAAGCGACAUACAGUCAACUAGCUCACCCGAUUCAGCAAGCCAAAGCAAUGGGGCUUCGGUUUCAUUCCAAGGUUCUGGACAUUGACAAUAUUGAUCUUGCAAUGGGAAAGAUGAUGGAACAAGGUCCAGUGCUCAUCAUAACAUUUCAGGCUCAGCUUGUUAUGGUUCUUAAAAAUCAAAAAGGGGAGGUUAUCGAAGGAGAUCAGGAUAAAGUUUUACGCAUGCUCUAUGUGUGGGCUCUUUGUCGAGAUCAAGAUGAACUUAAUCCUUAUGCAGCUUGGAGGCUUUUAGAUAUUUCUUCAUCUGCUUCUGAACAGAUCCUUUGAUGACAUCCUAGUGUUUUUUCUGAACUGAAAUAUGUUUGCCCUAUUAAAGAAGUCUCAGAGAAAAAGAAACAGUUGUAUUCUGCAAAGAACGCUGAAAUAUUACAUUCUCUCCUUAAGCGGGAGUAAAAUUUGCUACCAUAUUGGUUAGAUCCAAUUGUUGGGAUAUGCCUGACUCUGAUCAUCUUAUCUAAAAUUUGCGUUAACUUCACAUUUUCCUCAAAAUAUGAAUAAUGUGAUGUAGAAUGUCUAUGUAUGUCCUUUGAGAGUUCUAAUUUUAAAUGGGGCUUUAAGUACACUGCUGUCUUGUUCUGAAUGAAUAAGUUGUUACGUCUGUUUGUCUUAUGUAUUGUAAAAUAAAUUUUUCUUUCUGCCAAAUGGAAAAUUAAUAAUA